GGCGCAGGGAUACCGGUGCGGGGCGCAUCACCGGCCGUCCCCCUCCGCGCAACGGCACUAAUCCCCUCGUGCCCAACCAACGGCGCUUGGUUCCGGGGUUCCGCUCGGUAACUCCUCCGGUGGAGCAAAGUUGCCCCGUCCGUCCGUGCCACCGGGGCAGGAGGCGGACGGGAGCCGGGGGCGGGGGGGGGCGCGCAAUCCGCGCGGUGCCGGAGCGGAGGUACUACUUGGCGGAUCCCGACGGCGCCCGUCGGCAGUGUGUUCCCGGGCCCCGCCGCGCUGUUGUUAUUUAUUUAACCAACGGGGAGUAACGAAACUCAGCCGGAGGGGUCGGGACGGCGGGGCGGGCGCUGCAGCUGGGGCUGGGCCGGGGCUGUGCGAUGGAAGGGCUCGGGCCCGAUGCGGCGGCGACAGCGCCGGACAGCGCCGGGCGGGUAGAGGCCUCUGGCCGAGGCCUGCGGAGCAGCAGCGCCGCCGAACGAAUUAAGAGGCCCCGUACCACCCGGAGCCCCGCGGGCUCCGGCGCAGCGCCCCUCGCAGCGCCUCCGACGGCCCCGGCGGGGCUCAGUGUGAGCCGCGGGAAGGGGAACGGGGGCUCCGUUCCGGCGGUAGCGUUGGUUCAGGGGCUCACGAAGCGGGCUGCGCGCCGCCUGGGCUCGGCGCUGCUCGACCGCAUCACGGCGUUACCGCUGUGAGUACGGGCAGAAAUGAGAAUCGGCCGCGAAACAAAGCGAAAUGAGCCCCGCGGCUUCCUCGUGCUGAAAGGAGAAAGGGAAAUGUGAGUGAUAGAGUACCGCUCGCGUUUAAACUGAGCGCUGUGCAACACAACGUACAGCCGGUGCCCGUCGCUGCUUUCAACCAGCCAAAGUUUACGUUUGUCCCGCUGGAGAAAUGGUUCCGUUGAAAUAACACCCGCAGCCCUGCCCCAGCUGUGUGUCCCGGGAAACCCAGUGCAUAUUCCAGUGCAACCACCACGGCUCUGUGCCUUUUCUGUAUGCGUUUGUGGGUAUGUGCGUGUGUGCGAGAGAGAGGCUGUGAGAAAGAGAGAGUAAAUCCCCACAACAAUUGCCGUGGAUGGGCAAUAAACAAUUGCAGUUGGGCAUGGCACGAACUAUGUGCAUUGGAUUAACCUCGCUUGACCUCACCACAAUUGUAUUUAUUUAUCCAAUUCCGUAACAGGUUGCUACUGACCAAAAAGAAGUAGAAGUCAAUGAUCAACUACCUUCGUUUUUUUUUUAUUUUAUUUUGUAGAAUUUCUGGGUUUUUUUUGUUUGUUUGUUUUUGGUUUUUAAUAUCAUAAUUUGUAAUUAUUUCCUU